UGUACAGUCAGCUGCAUAAGUAGCUACACACUACACUUUUGUACCGUAUCAAACUACCUACUAAACAAAACGACAAUGGUUGAAUGAACAAACAGGAAGUUGGUGAGUUUGACAAGGUUCAAAAGUGUUACUACUUAUGCAGCUGACUGUACUUCUAAUCCAGUGGCUGACAUAUCCCUGUCUUAACAAAAUUGAAUGAAACUAACACUUAUCUGGCUAACAUUUUCACAGCAGUGACAAACCACAGACCGACUCUAGCGUUGUAAACUAAAAAGUAGAAUAUUUACUCUUUCUUCAUUCAUAUCACACCCUAAACACAUUAAUUAUAUCUAUCCCAACUAAACUUUAUUGUACCUUACAGAAUCCUUUAUAACGCCGGAAGUACCAAAGAGAUAUGAAAACGAAAAUCAACUACACAAUUUAACGGUCUACAGUAGGGAUCAUCCUACCGAGUGCUCCACUCAAGACCUGGAUGUGAAACCUGACCACCUGUGUACUGACAUGGAUGACACAAUAACUGUUAAGGGCAACAUUUUGACGGAAUUUCAUGAAAUUGAAACUGAAAUCAAGAAGGAAUCAGAGAAUGUUGUACCAAAUGAAUUGCCAUUUUACAGAAACAGAAUUAUACUCGGCAAGAUACAUGUAGACGAGUCUGACGAAGAACGAGAAAUUGAUGCACCAGGAGACUGUAAUAAUGUUGUAAACAUCAAAACAAACAAUGAUCAAGAUUUGGCAGGCUCAAUAUACACUGAUGUAAAUAGAAGCAUGAGGAUAACUAAACAGUAUUAUGAAAUGGAAAAAUGUUUGGGAGCGAAAAUUAUUCUAACAAACUGUUAUACAACUCUAUUGAACAACAACUGUUACUGUGCUCAGUGUGCAGUGUUGUUCCCCACCACUGAAGCGUAUAGUGAACAUUACACGAGCACACACACCGAGACCACUCACUCAACUAAUGCCUCGGCUUCUCUUGUGAAAGGAAAACAAAUCAUAUACCCACGUGAGAAAGCAUUUGUGUGUGACUCCUGCAUGAAAAUAUUCAGCAGAAAAAGCAGCUUGAUAAAGCACAUUUCAAUUCACACUGGCGAAAAGCCAUUCGAGAGUGACAUUUGCAAGAACACAUCGAGGCAUCGGUCCACAACGAAAAGACACAAGUUACUUCACACUGGGGAAAAGCCCUUCCAGUGUGACAUUUGCGCGAAAACAUUCAACCUUUUAAGUAGUUUAAAGAGACACAAGUUACUUCACACUGGCGAAAAGCCAUUCCAGUGUGACAUUUGCACGAAAUCAUUUAACCAAAUAUAUAAUUUGAAGACCCACAAGUUAACUCACACUGGCGAAAAGCCAUUCGAGUGUGACAUUUGCAUGAAAACAUUUAAACGAAGAAGUCAUUUGAAGAGCCACAGCUUACGACACACUGAAGAAAAACCAUUCCAUUGUGAAACUUGCAAGAAAACAUUCAAAUAUGUAUUGUCUUUAAAACUACACAAAUUAACUCAUACUGGUGAAAAGCCUUUUAAGUGUGAAAAUUGCACGAAAACAUUUUACGAAAAAAGUAAAUUAAAGAGACACAAGUUACUUCACACUGGGGAAAAGCCCUUCCAGUGUGACAUUUGUACGAAAACAUUUAGACGAAGAAGUCAUUUGAAGCUCCACAAGUUAAUUCACACUGGAGAAAAACCAUUCGAGUGUGACAUUUGCAAGAAAACAUUUAAACGAAGAUGUUAUUUGAAGAGCCACAGCUUACGUCACACUGAAGAAAAGUGUGAAAUUUGCACGAAAACAUUUAACGAAAAAAGUGAAUUAAAGAGACACAAGUUACUUCACACUGGGGAAAAGCCCUUCCAGUGUGACAUUUGUACGAAAACAUUUAGACGAAGAAGUCAUUUGAAGCGCCACAAGUUAAUUCACACUGGAGAAAAACCAUUUCAGUGUGAAACUUGCAAGAAAACAUUCAAAUAUGUAUCGGUUUUAAAACUACACAAAUUAACACACACUGGUGAAAAGCCAUUCCAGUGUGACGAUUGCACGAAAACAUUUUAUCGAAGAUGUCAUUUGAAGAGCCACAAGUUAAUUCACACUGGCGAAAAGUCAUUCCAGUGUGACGUUUGCAUGAAAACAUUUUGGCGUAAAGAUAGUCUUAAGAGGCACAUCAUGUUACUUCACACUGCAACUUCAUUCUGAAGAAAUGUGUCGGAAAAAAUGUUAGAUC